AAAAAAAUAAUUUGGUUAUAGUAGAUGGUUGGAUAUAUUUCUGUUGGUCCAACUAUUUAGACGUUAAAUCCAACAAAAAUGUUUAGUUAUGCAGAUUAUAAAUAUAUUGUUGAUUAAUUUUAGUUGUACCAACCAUUGUUUUGUUUGGUACUGCUAGAAAUUAUACUUACUAUUAGCUAGCUAUAAUAAAAGAUUAAAUCAAACAUAUAGUUAAGUUCUAAUAAUGUUUAAUAUUGUUGGAGUACCUAUAGGUAUUGUGAAGCUAAUCAUUUUAAUAUUGUUGUAUCAAAUAAUAUGAAAAUACUAUAAUAUUUAUGUAAGAAUUCUGGAAAGUCCAUAAGUGUAUUGUUCCGUUAUCUUUAGUUGGCCGAAAACCGUAGGAACGUUUCGAUAUCGUCUGCAGCGUCGCGAUCGCAUCGUCGACUUGUCUAUUUAGGUAUAUUAUAAAAUAUGUAAUACUUCUGUCUUCUGUUAGCCAUUAUAUUUCUGUGUUCUAUUCUAUAUUAAUAUUUUCAUAAUAAUAUCAAGUCAUAACCGCCAUAACCGCCUAUUCCUCUGUGUCUGCUGUCUGCCUGUCUGCUCGCCGCUCGCGUUUCGCUGUAUUGUUAUACCACUUAUACCUACAUAGUACAUUAGUAUUUAAUACACUAAAACAGUAAGAAAUUAUUGUUAUUAGUUCAGUAAUAGUGGUAUUACUUAAUUAGUAUGGCAGAUUUGUUUGUUAAAACUAUUUUAAAUGACUUAAAUGCUCCCGAGAAAAUAGUUAACGAAUUUGAAGCCCAAGGAAUUGAUGAAGAGGCAUUUAAAAAUCUUACAGAAUUUUUACUCAAAGAACUUAUUGAAAAAAAUAUUGGACUCCGUUCAAAGAUUUGGAAAAAAAUUUCAAGUUUAAAGGAAAACAAAUCUUCAAUUGUGGCUUCUUCAAAUAUUAAUGAAGACUAUAAUUUGUUUGCUGAUGGUAACCUUGAGCAGGUGCAACAUAUUUUAAAUAAUGAAGAUAUUUCAACAAGUGAUCGAAUAUUUAAUUCAAAUCCACUCAGUAAUGUUGAAAAUUGUGUUGCCGGAUCUUCUAAAAACACUGACAUGAUUGGAUUGUUCAUGAACAGUAUUACUCAUGAUAAUAUUAUUAGUAAAACUCAUGACGAUAUUAAUAAUAGUAAUAUUCAUGAUGACAUUAGUACAAAUCCUAUUAAGACCAUUUAUUCUGAUGUGACUGACAUUUAUAGGAGUACUGCUUUUGUCAAUUGUGAUCAAUCUUUACAAAGUCAUAGUAAAACAACUGUAAUUGAAACAAAUAAAAUAUCAUUGAAAGAUAUUCUUUGGCUUUAUCACGAUGGACAGUUAAUUAUAAAUUAUUUUGACACUAAUCAAGAACUGAAUGGGUAUAUGAGAAAUAAGCUAAGCCACCUGGUUAUUAGUCAUUCCCUUAAGGAAGUAUCAUCUAAAAAAAUAUCUACUUCUAAAUUGAUGAGCUUAUCUCAAGAAAUUGUUGAUAUAUUUCCUGGUGAAAACAAACAAACGUAUUACAUUCCUUAUAGACGAGAAAAUGGUAAAGUAACUCCCACACGAGGCAAGCUUUGGGAUAAAUAUUGUAAUAUGCGGAGAGAACUUAGAAACUUAUGUACCACAAAUAAAUUACAAGAUGAAGUUAUCUCCACUAGUGUAAAUUAUAAUGAAGAAUUGACUGAAGAAAAUAUAUUGUGGUUGCAAAACAAUAUUGCACCUUGGAAUGAAGUAGCGGAAAAGUGGAAAAGUACAUUUCAGUUCCGUUACAAAUCAUUGAGUGAAAAAGAAAAACAUUAUUCUUAUUUUAGUGAUAUACCAGCAAUCAAAAGUCCACUAGGCUUUACCUUGAUUGAAUAUGACUUUGAUUUAUUAUAUCCAGGAAAAGAUCCAAUGAUUUUAUUUAUAAAAUUUGAGCUAUUCAAAAAAAAACUUCCAGUAUAUUUACAGAAAAACAAUUAUAAAGGAAUUGACAAGUUGGUUGUCAAUGAAAUUGUAGAGCCUACAGUACCUGGAUAUGAUAACGUUGCAGCACUUAAAACGUUUAUAGAGUUAUUUCAACCAAUUAAUGUAUCGAAAAGAACAAUUAGUGGCAACCUAAAAACAAAAUAUUGGAGACCAUCAAAAUUGGAACUGAAACAGUCAUUUAUAUAUUAUGUUAAUAGUACAUAUCAACUAAAAGAAGUAAAUGAAGAAAAAAGAAAAAAGGCUCAACAAUUGGAUCAGACUCUUCAACCGUAUAUGAUUUUUGUUCAAGACUCAGAAUUUGAAAAUAACGUAAGAGACUUCUAUGUAAUCAUAAACAAUCAUUUCUUUAAACUAGAAAGUGCUUUAAAAGCACUCGAUGUGUGUUUUAAAUCAUUUUUCUCUUUAAAUUUAAAUUACCCAACAGAGUCUACUCAGGUUUGGUAUUUUAUUCAAAAAUAUUUUUUUGAAAUAGAAACAAAUUUUGAUAAAAACUAUCAAAAUAUUAAUAAUAUCAUACACGACUUGAAUAAUUGUUAAAAUA